UCACCGUGUUCACAUCUAUAGAUACGUCAGAACAGAUAGCAGGCUGCUCGGGGCGGUUUGCUGUUGCGCGCCAAUUUGAGACGUAUCCAUGUUCCGAGACAGAGAUCUAAGCGGAUGGAUGAAAACAAAGCGCAAAGAAAGAAAGGUCGACCCCAUUCCCCUCCGUUUUCACCCGAAGGGCAGAGGGGACAGAGUCCCGUCCUCUGCGCGUCCUCCUCCCGGAAGAGCAAUGGAGAGGCUGCCUGGCGCCGGCGGAGCCGUCUUCUCUCUACUGUCCCUCCUCUUGCAUUUCGCCAGCGCCUCUGAGAUCCCGCUCUCAGUUCCACAGGUUCCAACCAUCACAAAACAGUCAAAAGAGCAAGUCGCCUUUCCCUUUGAUGAAUAUUUUCAAAUCGAAUGUGAAGCUAAAGGCAAUCCGGAGCCAAGAUUUACGUGGACGAAAGAUGGCAAGCCCUUUGACCUCUCCGACCCUCGGGUCAUUGCCUCCAACAACUCAGGAACCUUCCGGAUCCCGAAUGAGGGGCAGAUAGCUCACUUCCAGGGGAAAUACCGCUGCUUCGCUUCGAACAAGCUGGGAGUGGCCAUGUCGGAAGAAAUAGAAUUUAUAGUUCCCAAUGUUCCAAAAUUCCCCAAAGAAAAGAUCGAGCCCCUUGAAGUGGAGGAGGGAGACCCCCUGGUCCUGCCCUGCAACCCGCCCACGGGGCUGCCCCCACUGCACAUCUACUGGAUGAACAUCGAACUGGAGCACAUCCAGCAAGAUGAGAGGGUGUACAUGAGCCAGGAGGGGGACCUGUACUUUGCGAACGUGGAGGAACACGACAGCAGGAACGACUACUGCUGCUUCGCGGCCUUCCCCAGGCUGAGGACCAUUGUGCAGAAAAUGCCGAUGAAGCUGACAGUCAACAGUUUAAAGCAUGCUAAUGACUCGGGUUCACCCACAGAGGCCGGCUCCCGGGCGAAUUCCAUCAAGCAGAGAAAGCCCAGCCUGCUGCUGCCUCCGGCGGCGAGGGGCCCCGAGUCCGCGGUCACCGUCCUCCGGGGGGACACCCUGGUGCUGGAGUGCUUCGCCGAAGGCCUGCCAACACCACAGGUCGAUUGGGAAAAAGUGGGUGGUGAUUUACCAAAAGGAAGAGAAACGAAGGAGAAUUACGGCAAGAUGUUGAAGAUAGAGAACGUCUCCUACGAGGACAAAGGGAAUUACCGCUGCACAGCCAACAACUUCCUGGGCGUGGCCACGCACGAUUUCCACGUCACGGUAGAAGAGCCCCCUCGCUGGACGAAGAAACCCCAGAGUGGCGUGUAUAGCACGGGGAGCAGCGGCAUCCUGCUGUGCGAGGCGGAGGGCGAGCCCGAGCCCGUCAUCCGGUGGCGAGUCAAUGGCAUCCCCAUAGAGGAAAACCCAUUUGCCGGUGACGUUGUCUCCCCCGGGGAGGUCAGCUUCACGGACCUGCAGCCCAACCACACGGCCGUGUACCAGUGCGAGGCCUCCAACGCGCACGGCACCAUCCUGGCCAACGCCAACGUCGACGUGGUCGAUGUCCGUCCACUGAUAGAAACUGAGGAUGAGGAGAGCUACGCCGCCGUGGCGGGGUCCAGCGCCUUCCUGCGCUGCGAGUUCUUCGCCUCGCCCCAGGCCAUGGUGUCCUGGCAGAAGGUGGACGCAGCCAGGCCUCUCGAAGGCCCACGGUACCACGUCCACGCGAACGGGACUCUGCAGGUCCGCGAGGCCACCGUGGAGGACGCGGGCGCCUACUCCUGCUGGGUGGAGAACGCGCAGGGGAAGACCGCAGUCACGGCCAGUCUGGACAUCCGCAAUGCCACGAAGCUCCACGUCUCCCCCAGGGACCCCCGCGUCCCCCGGUCGCACACACUGGAGCUGCACUGCGAGAGCGAGUGCGACCCGCACCUGAAGCCGAGUCUGAGGUUGACCUGGAGCAAAGGGGGCGCCGCCUUCGAGACCAACGGCACCGAGGAUGGCAGGAUCCUGAUUGACGGAGCCCACCUGACCAUCUCCAACCUCACCCUGGAGGACCAAGGCGUCUACACCUGCUCGGCUCACACAGCUCUCGACAGCACUGCCAACGAGACUCGCGUGACCGUGAUCGAUGUUCCGGAUCCCCCCGAGAACCUUCGCUUGUCGGAACGACAGAACAGGAGCGUGCGGCUGACGUGGGACGCCGGGGACAGCCAUAACAGCAACAUCAGUGGGUAUGUCGUGGAGUUUGAGGGCAACAGGGAGGAGCCGGGCCGGUGGGAGACGCUGGCGGACGUCCCCGGGGAGGAGACCACGGUGCUGCUGCCUCUGGCACCCUACGUGAGGUACCAGUUCAGGGUCAUCGCCGCCAACGAAGUGGGCAGGAGCCGCCCCAGCAGGCCGAGCGAGCACCACGAAACGCCUCCCGCAGCUCCAGACAAGAAUCCACAAAACAUAAGGGUUCAAGCCUCUCAGCCCAAGGAAAUGGUUAUCAAGUGGGAGCCUCUCAAGUCCAUGGACCAGAACGGGCCGGGGCUGGAGUACAGAGUGGCCUGGAAGCCCAUGGGGGCCCCGGUGGAGUGGGAAGAGGAGACGGUCCGAGAGCACAGCCUCCGGGUGAUGACGCCGGCCGUCUACGCCCCCUACGAGGUCCAGGUCCAAGCCCUCAACCACCUGGGCGCCGGCCCCCAACCCCAGUCCGUGGUGCUCUACUCUGGGGAAGACUACCCCGACGCGGCCCCGGUGAUCCACGGCGUGGACGUGGUGAACAGCACGCUGGCGAAGGUGACCUGGUCCUCGGUGCCAAAGGACAGAGUGCACGGGCGUCUGAAAGGAUACCAGAUAAACUGGUGGAAGACGAAAAGCCUGGCGGAUGGGCGAUCGCUCCCCAAAGAGGUGAGCAUCCUGCGGUUCCCGGGCCAGAGGAGUUCGGGCAUGCUGCCCGCGCUGGACGCCUUCAGCGAGUUCCACCUGACCGUCCUGGCCUUCAACGCCAAGGGCGCUGGUCCCGAGAGCGAGCCCUACGUCUUCCAGACGCCGGAAGGAGUACCCGAACAGCCAACCUUCCUCAAGGUCAUCAAAGUGGACAAGGACACGGCCACGUUGGCCUGGGGGCCACCCAAGAAGCUGAACGGAAACCUCACUGGCUACCUGCUGCAGUACCAGAUAAUAAACGACACCGAUGAGAUCGGAGAGCUAAAUGACGUCAGCAUCACCGCCCCGUCCAAGCCCAUCUGGCGGCUGUCGAACCUCAACGCCACCACCAAGUACAAAUUCUACGUGAGGGCUUGCACGUCCAGGGGCUGCGGGAAGCCCGUCACGGAGGAAACGGCCACGUUGGGUGAGGGCAGCAGAGGUCUCGGGAAGCUCCCAGAAGGAGUGAACGCCACUGAAAAGGCUCACCCCCCCGAGGUGCCUGAGCCCGGAGCCGAACACGCAGUCCGCCUCCUGCCUAAGAACUGGGUUGGGAACAAUAGCAUUUUUGAAGAUGUGAUUGAGGCGAGAGGGAGAGAGUACGCGGGCUUGUAUGACGACAUCGCCACGCAGGGCUGGUUCAUCGGGCUGAUGGGCGCCAUCGCCGUCCUCACCCUCGUGCUGCUGACUGUCUGCUUCGUGAAGAGGAACCGAGGCGGGAAGUACUCAGUGAAAGACAAGGAGGACCUGCACCCGGACCCGGACGUUCAGUCGGGGAAAGAUGAGACCUUUGGUGACUACAGCGACAGCGACGAGAAGCCCCUGAAGGGAAGCCUUCGGUCCCUCACGCGGGACCUGCCGGCCACAGAGAGCGCCGACAGCCUGGUCCCCUAUGGGGACGGUGACCAGGGCCUGUUCAGCGAAGAUGGGUCCUUCAUCGGUGCCUACGCGGGCUCCAAGGAGAAGGGCUCAGUGGAAAGCAACGGCAGCUCCACAGCCACCUUCCCUCUGCGCGUGUGAGUGCCACUCGUGGGCGCCACACGUGGGAACCACGUUCCCCCUGAGAGUGUGACCAUUCCCGUGGGAGCCACGUUCCCCCUGCGAGCAUGACCACUGCCUGUGGGAGCUGUCUUCCCCCUGCCCAUGUGGCCAUCACGUGUGGAAGCCACGUGUGGGAGACACGUGGGAACCACGUUCCCUCUGCCCGUGUCGCCUCCAAGUGUGCGGGCCAUGUUCCCCCUGCAAGCAUGGCUGCCUCAUGUGGGCAUCAGCGGUUCCCACCGACCUCCUGUCUGUCGGCUCGUGGGUCCAGAGCGUGCACCUGGGACCCAGCACUGCCAGAAGCUCCAGCCAGACUCCCACGCCUGCAACCACGCGGAGCAAACAGCACUGCCGUGAAAAAUAACAACGCCCUGAGCGCCGCGGGCCUCUUGUUGUUGGUUCGUUUUCUUUACAGGUGCUGAACACGCAGAACACGGAACAGCCGUGUUUAGGUCCACCUCCAGGAAUCCAAAGUGUCCGUCAGUGUGUUCCGUCCCCACCGGCCACGCUUGCACAGACGUGGCGGCCCCACGGGGUCUCUGUUUGCACGAGUGUGCUCUCGCAGGGGAGUCCGGGUGAUGCUCCCCUACAGGUUAGAAGGUAGAUGGGGGAGCACACAGGUUAUUUAAGUGUAAAGAGGAAAAUGAAUGUCUUAUUAAAACCGUUGGUUGUCUGUAUGCAGUCAGAGUUUAUUAUUUAAGUUUAGGAGAAGUCUUAGUACACGGUCCGCUAGCACUUGCUGAGCGCUAUUUGCCCGGAGACAGCCUUGUUUCAACAGCAGCUGAACUGCCUCAGCGGGAACUGCUCAUUCCUAUAGGCUGUGAUACCGGCACACAUCCUGUUGGUGUUUUUUUCUUGGACUAAAUUUGGCUGCAGGAGAGGCCGCGUCCCAGGCCGUCUUAGGAAAGAUGGCGAGUCCUGGCACUGCCGAGGGUGGUGGCCGUGGCUCCGUGACCUCCCCACUCCCACGCUGUUUCCCGGAUGGUACGCCGCAUCUGCUCGCGAGUGCAUUGUGCGUGCCAUGUUGAUAUCCGCACCAUAGGAGGUGGGGUUGGAGGCGAGAGGGAGGACAUGAAAGACGCCGUGCCCACCAUCCCAUGGCACGCCCGGGCCAUGCGGCUCCCACACACGGCUCUGUACAAAGCCCCCGGAUUCCGUUCUUCAUGGCUUCCGCCCAGGGUCUUACUGUAACACGUCCUGUAGACGUGGAGGGAACGUCUUCAUAUUUUUCAACGUAAGUUUUGUUGGGGGGCGUGUGCUCCGACCCCAGCCCCGAGGGAGGCCGUUCACACACGACCCUCCAUCACGGGCUGACCAUGUUUGGGGGCGUGUUCCGUGUUCUCCUGGCGACAUCAGCGCGAGGUGAGGGAAUUCAUUUCCUGGCAUGUGGGCUGCCCGUCCGCCCAAAAUUGUCCAUGAAAACGUGAAGAAAGAGUGUGAAGGCUCGUGCAUGCGCGUCAGCGACCUCCAGUGCUCAGCUCUCUGUGUGCGGAAACAGCUCUUACCCUCCCCACAAAACCCCUAAUUGUGUUUAAGCCAAAUUGGUUCCCAGAUUCUGCCUUUUGGAGCUGUGGCUGUGGGCAUCCCUUCUAGCGAAUCCCUUGACUUUGG